AUGAGUUCGACAUUUUAUCCCCUCGCCUCCCUAUCUCAAAUUGAAAAGUCACCGUCGGGAGAGGAUGGACUACCACAGGAGCUGGAGGAGGACUUGAGAGCUUAUGCGUGCAAGCUCAUCCACCAAGCUGGCAUUCUGCUAAAACAGAAGCAGGUGGCUGUAGCGGCAGCGCAAAUAUUAUUUCAAAGAUUUUGGUUUGUAACGUCAAUGAAGCAAUUUGGGGUCGGGGACAUCGGUAUGGGGGCCCUAUACCUCGCGUCAAAAUUAGAAGAAUGCCCGCUUCGAAUGCGUGAUCUGAUCAACGUUUAUGAUUUACUUCUUCAACGCGCCACUCACUCUGUGGGUCCCAAAUCCGACCAACCCUUCCAUUAUUACCCUAUGUCGUACUUCGGAUCAACGUUCUAUGACCUCAAGGAUGCGCUAGUUGUUUCAGAAAUGCAGAUAUUGAAGCGACUAGGGUUUAACGUCCACGUCGUGCUGCCCUAUGGCACCUUAAUCAACUAUCUCAGAGUCUUGGGUUUAACAAGUCAUCAAGACGCUUCCACUCGCGCGUGGGGGUAUUUAAACGACGCUCUGCAGACCCCCGUGUACGCCCUAUACCAAAUACCAACAAUCGUCAGCGCAGCCAUCCUCCUCACCAUCCGACAUCUAAAUAUUUCUCUCCCGUCAACGCCACCCACAUGCUGGUGGGAGUUAUUUGAUGCUGACUGGGAAGAUGUAUGGAGUGUUUGUGGGUUUAUCAUGCGGUUAUAC